ACGCCUCCACCCAGAACAAACAAGGGAAAAGGAGCACAGCUGUCAUCCAGGACUCCUGUCCAGUGGAGGGAGGAACAUCAAAGGGCCUUGGACCAGCUCAUCCAUGUCCUCUCUAACCCACCAGUACUUGCCUAUCCUGACUUUAACCUCCCUUUUGUCUUACACACAGAUGCGUCAGAAAAAGGACUUGGUGCUGUGCUGUACCAACGGCAGGGAGGGAAACUCAGAGUAAUCGCCUAUGGGUCCAGAACACUCACGCCUGCUGAGCGCAAUUACCACCUUCACUCAGGCAAGCUUGAAUUUCUGGCACUGAAGUGGGCAAUAUGUGAAAAAUUCAGGGACUACCUCUUCUAUGCACCCCACUUCACUGUGUACACGGAUAACAACCCAUUGACAUACGUGAUGAGCACUGCUAAGCUGAAUGCUGUUGGUCACCGUUGGGUGGGUGAGCUCGCUGACUUUAGGUUCGAAGUGAGAUACCGACCGGGAAAAGCAAACGUGGAUGCAGACACACUGUCAAGGUUGCCUGUGAACAUCAACAGCUAUGUCGACUCCUGCACAGAAGAGCUGUCAAGAGACACCAUUCUGGCAAUGUGGGAGGGCAGUAGGGCAGCAAAGCAACAAGACGUUGCUUAUGUGGCUGUUCUGAACCUCUCACAACGCCCAGCAUCUCAGUCACCAGAAUUGCUCCCUGCCAUAAGCCAUGCCGAACUCAUGAAAUCUCAGCAAGAUGAUCCUGUGAUCAGUCAAGUCAUCAGACUGAAAGAGAACACCAACAUACUGACGAGUGACAUGAGAAGAGGAGUAAGUGGCCUGGCCAGGAAACUACUGCAUGAGUGGGGGAGACUACAGCUGAAGGAUGGUCUGCUGUACAGGGAAACCAGUCAGAGAAGUCAACUUGUCCUGCCAUCUCAGUACCGAUCCUUGGUCCUUAAACACCUCCAUGACGACAUGGGUCACAUGGGUAUGGAAAGAGUCCUGGACCUCGCUAGAGACCGGUUUUACUGGCCCUACAUGAAACAGGAUGUUGAAGCUUAUGUGACAAGGAAGUGUCCCUGUAUCAAGCAGAAGAAACCGGUCUCCCACAUCAGAGCACCAAUGGGGAGCAUUACCACCAGCUCACCCCUAGAACUUGUGUCCAUUGAUUACCUGCAUCUAGAACCUAGCAAGGGAGGCUUUGAGUAUAUCCUGGUUGUUGUAGACCACUUUACCAGAUUUGCCCAAGCCUAUGCCACCAGAAACAAGUCCGGGAAGGCAGCUGCAGAGAAACUUUUCGAUGAUUUCAUUCCACGGUUCGGCUACCCAUGGAAACUACAUCAUGACCAAGGGAGGGAAUUUGAGAAUGACCUUUUCAAGACCCUGCAACAGUUGAGUGGAGUGGGUCACUCAAGGACCACUCCCUACCACCCCCAAGGAAAUCCUGCAGAAAGAUUUAACCGCACACUGCUUCAGAUGCUCAGGACCCUGGAGGAGAAGGAAAAGGAAAGAUGGAGAGAACACCUACCCCAAAUCCUCCACGCUUAUAACUGUACCCGGCACGAGGCAACUGGAUUUUCACCCUUUUACCUGAUGUAUGGCCGUCACCCACGUCUGCCUGUGGAUAUGAUCUUUGGCUUGCUGUCUGAAGAAGAAGCAACUUCCCCAAGAGGCUAUGCAGAGAAAUGGGCCUCUCGGAUGCAGGAAGCAUACAGACUCGCCUCAGAGAACAGUCAACAAUCCAGCUCUCGGGGAAAGAGAUACUACGACCAACAUUUGAAGGGUGUUGUCCUUGAGCAGGGUGACCGCGUCUUGGUGCGGAACAUGAGGGAAAGAGGGGGCCCUGGAAAGCUAAAGCCGUACUGGGAAGACACAGUUCAUGUUGUGAGGGAGAGGAUCGCAGAUGGGCCGGUGUAUAAAGUGUCUCCAGAAACAGGUGGAGGUCGAGUACGAACUUUACACCGCAACCUGCUUCACUUGGUCAACGACUUACCUGUGGAUUUACCCCAGUCAUCACAGAGAUCACCUGUCAGAGAAGGAGGCUCACCGAGACACCUACCUGCUCUAUCAACAGACCAGCCACGACAGAGAGCAAGAAACAGCUCUUCACGCCACACAGAGAGACAGAGUGAGUGGCGCCCGAGUAGUGACUCCUCCGACAAUGAGGAUGAGCCUCGAUACUGGUUGAGGAUACCAUCAAGAAUGGAGUCUGAGAACAACCAAACCCAGCCUCUCCAGGAAGAAUUCCAGAGGACCUACAGUCCAGUAAUCUCCCCUCAGAGACUCAAUGUACCUGAGCAAAUCCUGCCUGAAAGGGAAGACCAGUGGACUGACAGUGUACUUCCAAGGAGAGAGAGCAUGCCUGUAGUAGAAAGCAGACAAAGUGAACAUAGAGCACUCCAAGAGGAAUACCUACCCGUCAAUCCAAUGCCUGCAGUAGAUGGACAGGAAGAUGCCAUGCAGGAGAGGCCAGUAACCCCUGAAGCAGUCAGUGAACAGUCCAACAAUGAACAGUCCAGCCCACUACAGAUGCGGAGGUCAACACGUGAAAGGAGGCCUGCCCAGAUGUUCACGUACAGCUCCUUAGGACAGCCCUCUUCCCAACCCCCAGCCAGUUGCAAUACAGUAGGGGCCUAUGGGACGCCGUCAAUGCCACCAUGGGGAGUGCAUACAUACCCCAGUUACUUCCAGACACCACUUCCAUACCUUAUUCCCAUUCAUAGUAUACCUUAUAUGUGUCUGGUGUACUGAUUGGCCCGCAUACAUACACUCACACACAUGCACACACACACCUACAUACUUACCUGGGACUGGCCUGCAGGGUUGAGCAACAGACAGAUACACAUACAUACACGCACGCGCACACACACAUGCUCAAACACACACAUACUUACCUUUAGUCACACAGAGAUUCUCACUAGUGAUUCUUAGGUUUAGUUGCUGAUAGUAGCAAGUGUCAGGAGCCACUUUUGAAGUUGGGGAGCGUGUGGCGCACCCAAAACAGGUGACCACAUUGGUCAUAUGUUUAUUAGUAAAUGAAUAUGAUCUCUAUGUACAUAUAUAUAUAUAUAUAUAUAUAUUUACACUGUCGCUUUAAGGAAUGGCACAAGCAGUUGCGUUCCGGUUGCUAUGGGAACGGACCUCCGCUCGCUCUCAGAUCCAAUUUGGGAGAAAACAUGGAAAGCUGCUGUGUCUAAAUCUCCUUUCAUUUCACCUGUCUUUCAGGAUAUUUAAAUUUGUUAUUACAGUCCCAUAUUUGGGACCUGU